AUGAGUUGGAACGCGCAGGGCCGCUUCAUUGCUUCCCCCAGCGCUGUGGCUCCAGGAGGAGACAGUAGUGGCAUAAGGGUCACAGAUGCCAUUUACCGCCUUAUAAGGGACGAGCAAUACGGAAGUGCCAUACGGAUCCUUUCACGCCAACUGUCACUGACGCCCGGCAACAGGGCUCUCCUAUCGUUGCUGGGGUAUUCCUCGUACCAGACGAAAAAUUUCGAGAUGGCUGCAGACAUCUAUAAAGAGCUUUCGCAAAGGUUUCCUGACAACGUAACAUACCAAGUGAAUCUGGCGCAGAGCCUUCUCAACCUAGGGGCGCUGGAGGAGGCAGAUGCCUUUUGCAGCGCUCUGUCGAAGGCUUCUGGCCCGAAUGCUUACCGUGCGGCAAUGCUGAUGGCCCUGUUGAAGUACCAGGCAGGCGACUGGGAAGGCUUAGAAUAUUGCUUGUCGUCGAAUGAGCUUGACGAUCAUCUGGCUGCAACUCUUCGGGGGGGGCGAUUCUGGAAGGAAAAAAUGUUUGACCUCGCUCUUGAAGCAUUCCAGCGUAUAAUGAAGACAAAUGGCUUUGAACCACAAAUGGCGUACAACAUUGCCCUCUGCCAUUAUGAGCAGAGACAGUUUGUUUCUUGUUUACAAUAUAUCGGAGAGAUCGCCAAAAUGGCCAUGGAAAAACAUCCGGAUAUGAACAACGGGUCUUCCGGAAAACCAGGGAAAGAAAACAGUAAAAUCUGGUUCGGCAAGACUUCGUCUUUUAUGAAGAAAUCAGCGUUGGUGGAGGCAUUUAACCUUCGAAGAGCUAUUGAUUUUCUUGUUGGGAAGGUCGACGAAGCAGCAGGAAAACUCGAGCUGAUACCCCUUCGUUUACCGGACACUUUCGAUAAGGUCACCAUCCAUAACCAAGCUCUAUUUCAGAGUGAACACAACGCGGGAGCUACCCUCGACAAGCUACGUUCCCUAGUUGAAAACCCGCCUUGUCUUCCAGAGGUGCUAGUUAAUUUGGCUGAAAAGCAGAACAUGCUUGAAAAGUAUUUGUUGAACGACGAAAUCGCGUUUCUGGAGGCACUCAUCAUCUCGAAGAAUUCUCCUGAUGUUGCGCUGGAGAGGCUACAAGCCCUCGCAGAGCAGCACCUGGCUACAUUGAGGAGAAUUAAAAAAUCUCUGCAAGUUCUGAUGGCUCAGGCAAACAUUCAUGUGGAACAGAGAAACUACAAGAUGGUCGAGGGUCUCCUGCAGCAUUCUUCAGAUAUAUGCGAGCUGGAUUCUACAUGGAAAAUGAAUAUGGCUCACGUCCUCUUUCUUCAGCAAAAGUACGCAGACGCGAUUUGGUACUACGAGCAGAGCCUCGAAGGCAACGAAGACUGCCUCCACACGGUAAAAAGUGUGGUUCUCGCCAACCUCUGCACAGCCUAUGUCCACGAGCAUCAAAACGCCAAAGCGAAAGCAAUUCUUGAUCGCCUGAAAGAGGAAGAAGUUACCCAAAUUAAGAAUGCGGAAGCAUUUGAGAGAACAGACUGUGCAACGCCAUUUCAUUCUUGUAUCGUGAAACUGGCCAUUGGCACUCUGUAUUGCGCUGAAAAAUCCGCCGAUUUCGGACUGCAAAUGGUGGUAGAAGCGUUGAACCCUUUGAGCGACAAGCUCCGCCUGGAUACCUGGUACUACGCGAAAAGAUGCCUGCUCGACCUGUCGAAUCGCCUGGCUUCACGUUCAUGCUUUGUGGCCGACGACACGAUUGUGACUGUGCUCAAGUUCUUGCAAGACGUGGAUGCGCAUGCGCGACGAUAUACCUCAGGCCGAGUGUUUUCCGCCGUGAAGGUAGGUUAUGACUGUCACACUGACCUCAUUCUCUCUGUAGCGGCUGACCGAUGUUACUUGCGUAGGCGCCCUACUACAAGGGAUUCAGUAUAA